GCAGUGCCCGGACCUAUCAGGGGCCGUAAGUGAAGUGUCGUAAAGCAGAAAGGAAGGCGGGAGUCCCGAUUGGAAACAUUAGGGAAACCUGAGCAGCGGAGGCCGCGAUGGCGAACGGCGCGUGGGCCGAGAUUCGAGAGAAAUUCCAGGCCGCGCUGGCUCUGUCGCGGGUAGAACUGCAUAAAAACCCCGAGAAGGAGCCGUACAAGUCCAAGUACGGCGCCCGAGUUCUGCUGGAGGAGGUCAGAGCGCUGCUGGGCCCCGCGCCCGAGGACGAGGACGAGGACGAGCGGCCUCAGGCCGAGGACGACGUGGGCGCGGGGGACUCCGCCCCGGGGCUGCUGGCCGAGCUGGUGGCGGUCGAGGGGCCCGUGGCCCAGGGCGCCGUGAGGCUGGCGGUGAUUGAGUUCCACCUGGGGCUGAACCACCUCGACACGGAGGAGCUGUCGGCGGGGGAGGAGCACCUGAUGAAAUGCCUGCGGCUGGUGCGCAGGUACCGGCUGGCGCCCGAGUGCGUCUCGCUGUACAUCCAGGCGCAGAAUAAUCUGGGUAUCUUGUGGUCUGAAAGAGAAGAAAUUGAAACAGCACAAGCUUACUUAGACUCAUCAGAAGCACUAUAUCUUCAGUAUAUGAAAGAGAUUGGGAGUCCUCCUCUUGAUCCUACUGAGCAUUUUCUUCCUGAAGAAGAGAAACUUACUGAACAAGAGAGAUCAAAAAGAUUUGAGAAGGUUUAUACUCAUAACCUAUAUUACCUGGCUCAAGUCUACCAACAUAAGGAAGUGUUUGAGAAGGCUGCUCAUUAUUGCCACAGUACCCUAAAACGCCAGCUUGAGCACAAUGCCUACCAUCCUAUAGAGUGGGCUAUUAAUGCUGCUACCUUGUCACAAUUUUACAUCAAUAAGCAAUGCUUUAUGGAGGCCAGACACUGUUUAUCAGCUGCUAAUGUCAUUUUUGGUCAAACUGGAAAGAACCCAACCACAGAAGACA